AUGCUGCCGCACCGCCGCCACACCGCUGCUCGCCACUUCUUCUUCUUCUUCCCGCCGCUGCACCGCCGCCCGUUUCUUCUUCGCCGAGCCUGGGUGGGGGUGGUGGUGGUUCUGAUUCUGAGUUCUUAUGAUGAUGAUGAUGAUGAUGGUGGUGGUGGUGGUAGGUGGUGGGUGGUGGGUGGUGGUAGUUGUGGUGGUGCUGGUGCUUGGCAUAAUUUUGGGGAAGAAGGGAUAGGGACAUUUUGGUCCGAAGGACGAUCUGAAGAACAGCAUUUUACAGAAGGUGGGAUUUCCGGUAGCAAGUUUGUGAAGAAGUUAUUCUACAAGAUUCCCAUUGCAGUUGUCUCGAUCCGGGUUCAGUAUGACACCUUUGUGCUAGCAGCUGAUGAAGACAUUAGGGUUCUGUUCCAUUGUGUCAGAAGUUUUCCAGAGGUCAGAAUACACGAGUUGUUCGCAAAGUUGGAUGUUGGGGUGGAUAGUUUUGGGGCAUCAGCUCCAUUACAUAACUCAAGUGGCGUAGGAGGUGCGUCUUGUUCGAUGCCUGUGAUAGCACCCUCUGUUCCGCUAGUGGCAUCCCCAUCAUUCGCGGCUGAUUUAGAUCGAAUGGAGGCUGUUGGUUCUGCACCUUUGCAGGAUUCAGGGGUCCGUGGGCAGGCAUAUGAGGUGGGCACCGGUGGAAGCUUGAUUCCUGAUGUGCAAGGGUUUGGGGAACCUGAUCGAGUAGAGAACGCAAUGUGUGAUGAUGAGUCUGACCAGGAGCCUGUAGAUAUCAUUGGGGACAGUGAUGAUGACACAGCUGGCAAUCCACCUACACAGCAUGGGGCUUCAAGUUCUGGCACUCAGCAAUACCCUCCACACUUCUCGACUCUAAACUUGGAGGCUCUGGGUGAACAGGCGGUGGAUGGUGGUCCCACAGACUACAACAUCCGUCGAGGUGUUGAGUACAGAGUCAUCGAAUCAGAUCAUCUGAAAUAUCAUGAAAAAUACAAGGAGUUUGGCAAGGGUUGCACUUGGUUGAUUCGUGUAGUGCUCCGUGCACGCAAGGGCACUUGGGAGGUUCGGAGGUACAACGGCCCACACACCUACUUGGCUACGUCUAUAUCGAGUGAUCACCGUCAGCUGGAUUACCACAUUAUUUGUGCGAGGAUUCUUCCGUUGAUUAGGACAGAUGCUGCGGUUACGGUAAAGGUAUUGCAACAAGCUACAGAAGCAGACUACGGUUUCAGGCCUAGUUACAGGAAGGUUUGGCUAGCCAAACAGAAGGCCGUGGCAUAA